CGAGAAAUCUUUCUGGAGCUCCGUCACCCGCCAACACCACUACCUCUCAAUUGAAAUUUCACUCUUCAGUGACCUCAGUGCAUUUCUGUAUUGCUGGGCGUCGUGCCAUAGUUCCUGGCUCUCGCUUUAGCAAUGUCCUUGUUGUCUCCUUCCGCACAAAGAUUACUAGUAUCGUCCUCACGCGCUCUACGACUACCUUGCUCUCAGCGCGCAUCAACGUUAUGCAGUCGACAAUACAAUAGCAAUGCAGGUCGCCAUUCGAUUCGUGCACUAAGUCUGGAACGAAGUGUAUUGUUGCGCCAGGAAUCAUGGCGUUUGGGCUCAUCACAGCAAGCUCGCACAAGAAGGCGGUUCUCGACCUCUCUAAUCUCGCGGCAUGGUCACCUUGAUCCGCCGAAGCCUGGUGAAGAGCGUCGGGUGACAUUCAUCGAUAAAGAGCUCGAAGAGCACACGUUCGCGGUCGCAGACGGAGAUAAUCUUCUGGAUAUCGCUCAAGCCAAUGAUAUAGAGAUGGAAGGUGCCUGUGGUGGUUCUUGCGCAUGUUCGACAUGUCACGUCAUAGUUGAAGGCGAUGAGUUCUACGAUAAGAUGGACGAGCCAGACGAUGAUGAGAAUGACAUGUUGGACCUCGCAUUUGGUCUGACAGAGACAAGCCGACUUGGAUGUCAGGUGAAGAUGUCAAAAGAUCUGGACGGUAUGAGAGUCAAGCUACCAUCGAUGACGAGGAACCUGCAGGCCAGUGAUUUCGAGGAGAAGAAACGUUAAAGCUUAGGCGCUUGGGGGUUUUAUUCUGGUAUACUGUGUACGAUGUGGCAACAUAGACAUUUUCAACCAAAGUUAACAUGCCUAUUGCAACCUCACGGGCCGGCAUUGUAAUAUUAUUGUUGGAGAAACACAGCUCAAGAUAAAUGUACAGUUUGAGCUUUUCAUUGAUGACUACAGAGUAUUGAUCGUAUAAAGGAAUACAACCCAUAUGUUG